CAAACCAUUGCAAUAAAGUGCAUUGACCAACCUGCUGCUGCUACCGACCGACAUUAGCAGAGAGCAAGUCGUCAGUUUCGUUGAUGUUUGCUUCCGUGUUUGGACUUUGAAGUGACUAGAAACGCGACCGCGAUGCAAUCUGAUUUGUUUUGCCAUACAGUCAACUAAAAUGGCGUCGCUGUUUAUCAAUUAGAUUCGUAAAUUUUGUGCGUAACUCAGUGAUCAGAUCACAUCCGAGUGAGUCAUAAACCAACCUAGCAAUGACAUUUUUAUAGCACACAGUGAGUAUACGUUUCAUAACGUUGUUUGAAGGACUGGUUAGUGUGAAAAAUAGAACUAAUAAUGCGCGAAUUCAAAGUGGUUGUCUUGGGUUCGGGUGGGGUCGGGAAGAGUGCUUUGACUGUGCAGUUUGUGUCUGGAUGUUUCAUGGAAAAAUAUGACCCCACAAUAGAGGAUUUUUAUAGAAAAGAAAUUGAAGUGGACAAUUCACCAUGUGUUUUAGAAAUAUUGGAUACUGCAGGUACGGAGCAAUUUGCUUCGAUGCGGGAUCUGUACAUAAAAAACGGCCAAGGCUUCGUUGUAGUAUAUUCAUUAACGAAUCAUCAGACGUUUCAAGACAUCAAACCAAUGAAGGAAUUGAUAACACGUGUAAAAGGUUCAGAGCGCGUACCCAUCCUGCUAGUAGGCAACAAAGCGGACUUAGACCAUCAACGUGAAGUGUCAGCGGCGGAGGGCGCGGCGCUGGCGCAGAUGUGGGGCUGCCCGUUUGUUGAGGCCUCCGCUAAAAGCCGCACCAACGUCAACGAAAUGUUUGCCGAAAUUGUGCGCGAAAUGAACGUUAGUCCUGAAAAGGAAAAGAAACCUUAUUGUUGUUGUACAGUGCUUUAAUAUUUAGAGUGUAAUGUGGCAUUUAUUUGUCGUAAGACUGCAAGGGCGAGGCGGAAUGCCGAACGCCUCGGCUCGACGGCCGCCGCCUCCAGUGGGGAGGUCUGUGACGACGCCGGCCCCGGCCGCUGGGACCUCGGCGGCUGCGUUGCGCGUCAUAUCAUGUUGUUAAUAUCUUUGAUACAUACCAUUGUCCAAUCGAGGUGCUUUAUCUUAUAUUUUCAUACUUUAGUACUGGUAGAUACUCCCGCAAUAACCAAUAUUAUUAAAAUGAUCAAAAUCCUUGUUGAAGAAUUAAUAGUGCAAAAAAAAAAACAUCAAAAGGUACUUGAUUUUGUUCAUCAUAAACAGGGAUGCAUCCAAAA